AAUGUACCUUUUUGAUUGGGAGAUUGGAGUGAUUGUAAUGGUAUCAAAAGUGCUGAGAAAUAUACCCAAAAAUCCCCCAAUUCAAAGCUCUAAUGGCGUGUACAGCUCUCAGGAAAAUGCGCAUGCCAAGCACGUAUUCCAUAUUUAAACUACCCCUCACUCGUCGGAUGACCCGACUUCAAUCACAGUUUCGGAGAAGUGAAAAUUAACACACAGAAAAGAACCAAUCCUCCAUUUUUUGUUAGGGUUUCAUAAUGCUGCCACUGCGGCCUUUUCAGUCCAGGAAUUUGUGGCGGCAAUUAGGUAGAAUGAUGCCCCUUUCUACUCUUUAUCGUCCCUUUUCAACUAAACCACACACAAAUCACAAGAAUCAGAAAGAAGCAGAAGGAGACAAAAGGAGACAGAGAGAUUGCAGAAGAGAGUACAGAGAUGAGCAGGCUUGUGUUCUUGAUGCUGCAAUUUCCCACGUGGUGAGAUUGGGAUGGAGUGAGGAAGCGAUGAUUUGUGGUGCAAAAGACGUGGGCCUUUCUCCUUCAAUUGUUGGAUCAUUUGCGAGGAAAGAAGCUGCACUUGUUGAGUACUUUAUGGACCUUUGUCUGCAAAAGCUGGCAGAUAAAAUCGAAUCAGGCCUGGAUUUGCCAGAUCUGAUACUGAGUCAGCGCAUCUCAAAGAUUGUUCGAACUCGCCUGGAAAUGCAGAUACCCUACAUUUCAAAGUGGCAUCAAGCACUUAGUAUCCAGGCACAACCAGUGAAUAUCUCAACAAGUUUGAAGCAGCGGGCAAUUCUGGUUGAUGAGAUAUGGGAUGCUGCAGGAGAUCAAUCCAUGGACAUUAACUGGUAUGUGAAAAGGACUGUUCUUGGGGGUAUAUACUCAGCAACCGAGGUGUACAUGCUGACAGAUCAUUCACCAGAUUUUCAGGACACUUGGAUGUUCUCGGAGCGUCGGAUCAAAGAUGCUUUUGAUCUCCAGAAGACAUUUCAGGAGGCUAUGUAUUUGGCGGAAGCAGUGGGUGCCGGUUUAGGGAGUUCUUUGCAAGGGCCCAUGAAGAGGCUAUUUCGUACAUGAAUUGAAAGCGGUUAAUAUCAUCUUAUCUGCAAGCCAUUGUACAAAAAUGUCUUGUUUUUGCUGCCAGUAAGAAUUUAUGCCCCCAUUGUUUUUGGGCAAUCAUUAAAAAGCUUAAUCAUGCGCCACCAAGAUGCUGUAUGAGACUCUUCUUUAUGGGAAUAGAAUAAACCACAACAGCUCUUUUCUUUUUGUUUU